CUGCAAUCAUGGCAAAGACAUUGGUCGGUGCUCUGGCACUCGCAUCGCUGCCUUCCGCGCUUGCAUUUCGCAAUACCUCGCCGUUCUUUCUCUUGUCGACAUCAGACUUGAAACUCGACGGCAGCAUCGCGCAUUUUGCUCAGUCUGGUGCGAUCUCUGCGCAGCUUCAGACUAAUCUUAAGGAAUGUCCUUCUGAGGCCUACUUCCUCGUGCGCCACGAGGGCAUAUCUUCGGCGGACUACCAUGGCGACACUGCUGGACGGCCCGAUGCAUUGCUACGCGACAGCCCCCAUGAUAUCAAGAGCACCAUGCAGAUACCCGAAGUCGUGGGCGAUUUGAAGAUUCAGUCUAUCGCACAGUCGCUACAGCAGCAGUGUGGUGCGAGGCUUGUCAAAUUGGACCCCGAGAUGAAGGAGUCGGAUUUCAACCAGGCGCUGUCCUCCGACGACACGCCUCCACGUGUUUACGAGAUCACCUUCUCGGAACCGAGCGAGGAUUCGAACCUCAAAUUGUCUACAUCCAAUGCCUUCAUUAGUUCUGCCAUAUCACAGCUUGCGCCCCACGGCAAGUUCACGCUCAUCUACACUACGACACCUCCCACCAAGAAGCCCGUAGUAUCCCAUCAGCCUGCGUAUGAGAUGGAGGAUCCUUUUGGAGAUGCCGUGCAGAUGGAACUGAAGAGGGACUUGUCACUACACGGAAGGGCAAACAAUGAUGGAUCUCAAGAUGAUGGAGGACUUUUCGAGAGAUACCAAUAUCUGUCUCCAGGACUCUUCAUGGGCAUCUCUGCCAUGAUUCCGCUUGUGCUCAUCCUGCUUGUUGGCUUGAGAGCCAUCAGCAACCUUGAGGUGUCCUACUUUGCAUUCAGCAAAGAGAUGGGUCCGGCUGCGCAAAGAAAACAAUAGACGACACAAGUCGGUAUAUAUCCUGUAACUUAUGUAAGAGCAUUGGGAUUUGGCGUUGAAUGGAAUUGCGCCGGAUUUGAGUCGGCCUGUGUACUCCGGGAGCUUUUUGAUGUUAUUUAUUUUCCUCUCGAUCCCGACUGUGGAGUACGUUUAAGCGAUUGUAUGCAAUUGAUUAUGGUAACUGUCGUUUCUAACCUUGUUGGCCGAGAUUAAGUAAAUAGGUAUGGUCUCUGAAUUGAUAGAAGCAGUUUCACCACAUGCAAAGUCCGACCCCUAGUACUGCCUAAGUCAAGGCUGUUUCUUUGUCGUUUAGAGACUCGUGAAGUCCGUAAACUUAUCUUCCAAAGUCUAAGGGUUUGCCGAUAUUAGUUCAGGGACGUAUCUCACAUGGGAAUCGCCGCACUUGCUUGUAGUAGCAUAAAGAUGAAAAAUCUUGUGAUUGAGCGACCAUAACAAAUCA